CAAAUUUACCAACAUUUUCUUUUCUUUAUCAUGAACCCUAUUUAUAUUUCCAUAAUCAUCAUAUAUACAUCUCAUAUUUCCAAUAUCCUCAUCACCCUUGCUCAACCAUCUUCCACCUCCACCCCACCACCGUUAUCCCUAAAUUGCGGCUCGAAAGAAGGUGGCAAUGAUGCGGACAAUCGAAAAUGGGAACCGGACAACAAAUACCUUGUAUCAUCGGACAAAUCUAUUACAUCAACCGCCUUGACACAAGAACCAUCCCUUUCAUCCGACAUUCCAUACAUGACAGCAAGAAUCUUUACGGGUGAAACCUCGUAUAAGUUUAACAUUAAUUCAACUAGUCGUUACAUUAUUCGGUUACAUUUUUACCCUUCGGAAUACCCUGACUACAAUGUCAAGAAUUCAUUUUUCAUUGUCACAACAAAAAACCCUGAUGAUGUUUCCAUCACAUUGUUGAGAAACUUUAGCGCGUUUAUAACUGCGGAAGCUCUUUCACAAGCCUAUUUGAUUAAAGAGUAUUCAUUGGCAGCUUUUAAUUCGGAUUCCAUUACUCUUACGUUCAAACCAGAAUCUAAAUCAUUUGCAUUUGUUAAUGGGAUUGAAUUGAUAACGGAGCCCGAGCUAUUUGAUGAUCAAGCUGGGUUGGUUGGAGUGGCUGAGAGUGCUGGCACCAUCGAUGGUUUAACGUCAAACAUGCAAAACAUGUUUAGGUUAAACGUUGGCGGACAGUACAUUCCGCCAACAAAUGACUCGGGUGGGUUGAUGAGAAGUUGGUAUGAUGAUACACCCUACAUAUUUGGUGCAGGUACUAUAACACACAUUGGAAAUAUUUCUGUUGAUUAUAAAGACCUGCCAGAGGCUACGGCUCCGGUGGAUGUUUAUCGGACGGCGAGAUCUCAAGGACCAGAUCCAAAUAUUAACAAACAAAGCAAUGUGACAUGGGUGUUCCAUGUUGAUGCAAAUUUUACUUAUCUUGUAAGAUUUCAUUUUUGUGAGUAUCAACUUGACAAGAUUAACCAAAGGGUGUUUGAGAUAUAUUUGAACAACGAAACUGCGUUUGCUACGGCGGAUAUCAUCGCAUGGACGGGUGAGAAAGGGGUCCCUACGAGGAAGGAUUACGCGGUUUAUAUUGGUGAUAAGCGCGGUAAGGAUGUUGAGUUAUGGGUGACUUUGCAUACAAAUAUUGACUUGAAACCAGAGUUUUAUGAUAUACUUUUGAAUGGAUUGGAGGUUUUUAAACUUAGUGACUCGAAAUCAAACCUGGCUGGACCAAAUCCAGUUCCAUCAGAGCUGAUGCAGAAACAAUUAAUCGCGAACCGGGAGGCUGAUGAUGCCAUUAAGAUCAAACAUGUUGUUAGUGGUGCUGUUGGUGGAAUGGCAACAAUCGGGGUCGCAUUUGCUGUGAUGUUCAUGAUACGUCGACGAAAAAGGGUGCCAGGCUCAGAUUCUGCUGUUUCAAGUUGGCUUCCAAUUUAUGGUCAUUCAACUAGCAAAUCAACAAUAUCCGGGAGAAGUCAAUGUGGUAGCAGUUUGUCAACAGAUGCAGUGUGCAACUGCCGGUAUUUUUCUUUAGUGGAGAUCAAAAGUGCUACGAAUAAUUUCGAGGAGUCUAACGUGAUUGGGGUUGGAGGUUUCGGGAAAGUUUAUAAAGGGAUCAUCGAUGGAAACAUGAAGGUGGCUAUAAAAAGAUCAAACCCAUCUUCCGAGCAAGGUGUUAACGAGUUCAUUACAGAGAUUGAGAUGUUAUCGAAAUUAAGACACCGACACUUGGUGUCGUUGAUCGGAUUUUGUGAAGAAGGCAAUGAAAUGGUGUUGGUUUAUGAUUACAUGGGUAAGGGAACAUUGCGAGAACAUCUUUACAAAGGUAACAAAAUUACACUUACAUGGAAACAAAGAUUGGAUAUAUUAGUAGGAGCUGCCAAAGGACUUCAUUACCUUCACACCGGGGCAAAGUAUACUAUCAUUCACCGCGACGUGAAAACAACCAACAUUUUGUGUGACGAUAACUGGGUAGCAAAAGUGUCGGAUUUCGGGUUAUCAAAAACGGGCCCGAAUUUGAACCAGAACCAUGUUAGCACUGUGGUCAAGGGGAGUUUCGGGUAUCUAGAUCCAGAAUAUUUUAGAAGGCAACAGUUGACAGAAAAAUCAGACGUUUAUUCAUUUGGGGUAGUUCUUUUCGAGGUGUUGUGUGCACGUCCAGCUUUAAACCCAAGUCUGCCGAAAGAACAAGUGAGUUUAGCUGAUUUUGCCUUGCAAUCUGCAAGGAAAGGGACAUUGGAAGAGAUGGUAGAUCCGCAAUUGAAAGGAACGAUUAAGCCUGAGGCAUUUCAGAAGUUUACUGAUUGCUCAUUGAGGUGUUUGGCAGACCAUGGGCUGGAGCGACCGUCGAUGGGAGAUGUAUUGUGGACCCUAGAAUACGUGCUUAAAAUGGAAACGGAUGAUGAGAGGCCAAGAAAUGAUAAGAAAUCGGGGUCUUCUAGUGGAGCGGUGGAAUUUCCAGUCCAAAGCAGUGAUAUGAUAGCCAUGCAUCUUAACACAUUAAGCCUAGACAGUGAUGAUGACGAUGAUGAUGAUGAUGCCAAUGGCGCUGGUGCAUUCUCACAGAUUAUUGCUCCAAAAGGAAGAUGAUAGAUGACGCGAAUACUCGUAAGGAACUCUUGAUUCCCUCAUAUCAAUUUUUCUGUAUGAAGAGGGAACUGGAAUCAUGCAUUCCGACUUCAACUGACCUCUACUGGAAAACAGAGAUCG